CCAGUUCUGCCUUGCAUUACCAUCAGUCCCACCAGCAGCUGCUAUUCCUCUCUAACUGGGCGUGCAGGUGGAAGAGAGAGAGAGAGAGAGAGCAUCAGCCCAGGCAGGUCGAGGAGGCGAGAGGGGAGAGGCGAGACCCCCACCCCACAACCAUCACCCCCCCCCAUGGAGAACCAGCGGGGCGCCACGAAAGGGUCCCUUCGACACCAGCCUCUCUGCAGUUUCCCCCCAGGCUGAUCUGGGCUGCCUGCCCCCUUUGUUUCCAGAGCUGCGAGCGAGGAUUGGCUGUAGGGAACCCCCCUUCUACAAACCCACUCACCCACCCACCCUGCCCCUCUUCUCCUCCCCCCUCCAUCCUCUCCUUUGCAGGGGAUGCUGCUGGUGGGGCUCAGCCCCCUCUGAGUGGGUCCAUCUCCCACCCCGCACACCCCACCUUUGAAAAAUCGCCCUCCGCCUCGGAAGCCGGUGGCCCCGUCGCCUCCUCCUCCGCCGCUGCUUGGAGAAGCGAGAGAGGGCGAGGGAGAAGUCUUUUCUUCCCUGCUGGGAGAAGCGAUGCAUUCCUGCAGACUCUGAAAAAAAAAAGGGAGGCACAGGAGUGAGAGAGUCAGAUUAAGGAUGGUCCAUUUAAUGGAUGAUGCUGGCUGCUGGGUCCUGCUUGGAUAUCUGCUCCUGCCUUUCUCUGUUGUGGGCUCCCAAGACAAUGCGAAGGUGAUCCACAUCAACAAAGUCCACCACCAGCCUCUCCGGGUUGGCCUGGCGGAGCCCGUCGCCCUGCCCUGCCUCUUCCUCCUGCAGCUGCCCGCCUCCCUUGGGCUCAACGCUCCGCCUGACCCCCCUCGGAUCAAGUGGAGCAAGGUCCAGUCAGCCUCGGGGCAGCCAGAGGAUGUCCCCAUCCUGGUGGCCAAGGACAACGUGGUGAAGGUUUCCAAAGGCUACGAGGGGAGGGUCUCUCUGCCUGGGUACCCCUCCUGGCGCCACAAUGCCACUCUGCUGCUCUCAGCCGCCCGAGCCAGCGACGCCGGGCUCUACCGCUGUGAGGUGGUGGCCGGGAUCCACGACGAGCAGGACCUGGUGCCCCUGGAAGUCACAGGUGUGGUUUUCCACUACCGAGCUGCCAGCAACCGCUACGCGCUGACCUUCCCAGAGGCCCAGAAGGCAUGCGAGGAGAACUCGGCCGUCAUCGCUUCCCCUGACCACCUCCAAGUGGCCUUCGAGGAUGGCUAUGACAACUGCGACGCAGGGUGGCUCUCUGACCGCACCGUCAGGUACCCCAUCACCUUCUCAAGGCCUGGCUGCUACGGGGAUCGCAACACCCUCCCGGGAGUCCGGAGCUAUGGGGAGAGGGAUGCCGGGGAGGCCUACGAUGUCUACUGCUACUCGAAGGAGCUUCGGGGAAAGGUGUUCUAUGCCUCCAGCCCUGGACGGCUGACAUUUCAGACGGCUCAAAAGCACUGCCUGAGCCGAGGUGCUCGGCUGGCGACUGCAGGGCAGCUGUACCUCGCUUGGAGAGAAGGGCUGGACCAGUGCGACCCAGGAUGGCUGGCCGACGGAAGCGUCCGCUACCCUAUCCGGAUCCCGCGGAAGAAGUGCGGAGGGGACGAGCCUGGCGUCCGGACAGUCUACCAGUUCUCAAACCGGACGGGCUUCCCAGAUCCAGCUUCCAAGUUUGAUGCCUACUGCUACAAAGCUUGGCAGCCGCCCACAAAACCAGGCCCAGCCACACUGGGGGUCGACCACGGCCAGGUGGCUCGGGAGCCCAUGGAUCAGGACUCUGAGGGGAGCCAGGAUCCAGGCAUCGAGAACGUCUUGGUGGAGCACGACUCCCACUUGCCGCUGCUGAAUGAGCUUUUCCCCAAGGAGAAUGACGACGCCGUCAUGUCGGGAGACUCGAAAGAGCUCUCAAAGGAUCCCUACGCUCCCUCACAGAAGGCCGCCGUCCCCUUCCUGGAGGAAGACGAGCAGCUCCAGCUGGUGACGGCUUUCCCGGCUGGGUCUGUGGAUCCGUGGGAGGAGAGGGCAGCACCAGCACCAAAGGCAAACCCCUUGGAUUUGGAAGGUCCCGCAUCUACAAGACCAUUCACCGUCUCCAUCCCGGGUGGGGCGGACGGUGGACAUCCGUUGGAUACAGCUGACCAAACUCCGGUUGGUGAGAUGAAGGAGCAUGGCAAUGGCGAGAUGACCGUUGGCAAAGAGUCGGCCAAAGCCGGUCAAACCAUCACCAAGUCCCCUCCUCCGGAAGACUCUGACGAUGGCUUACCACCUGAGGAUGUUGCCCGUCCAACCUCUCCAACUUGGCUGCAUGGAACCACAGAAGGGAGCAGCUCACUCAGCCCCCAGCCCCCGUUCCGGACCCACAGCCCCUUUGGCACUGAGGCUCCUCCGGCUCCUGCUGGCCUCCCCGAAUCUACCCGAAAGAGCAUUUACUCUGGGCUGAACGGCCGCUACUUCCAGAGACGGCGAGAGGAAGAAGGAGACAGUGGCGGCAGCCAGCCGAGCAUCGACGGGGGAGACGGCACCGCAGUGCCCACAACGCUCUCUGUCCUGGCGCUGGCAGUGCGCACAAUGGCAGACAACUCCAUCGAGGCCACCGCGAGGGAGGCACCGAGCCCUGCCUCUGCCCUACGGGGCGGGGUGAUCUACGCCUUCUCCAACGAAGUGGAAGGGAAUGGGUUAGCACCACCUGAGCAUCGAGGCCACCCAGAAAUGACCUUCUCCCCUGCUUCGGACUUCCUGGAGGACCCCAGUUCUGAAAAGACCACCCAGGGACACGAGGAGGCCUCUGUGCCAGAGAGCCAGGAACGGCCAACUUCUGAUGAGCACCCUGAUGCCUCCUCGCCAGCCACACCCAAUGGGCCAUUGCACCGUCUGGAGGCAGUUGCCAUGACAACAGACGAUGCUCUGGAAGGCUCUGUCAUGGGUACCAGCAUCCGGGGAGACUACCCUCAAGGGAUCACUAAGCCUGGGGAGAUCGAGGAGAUCUUCUCUGGAAACGGCGAUGUCACGCCAACCACUCCUCUGAAGAAUGAGUCCCGGGCCGAUGAGGCGAGUGGAGAGUCGGAUUACGACUUCCGAGAAAGCCAUGCCAGGGCUGUGAGUUUUGCAGAGGAGCUCCCUGGCUUGGAGGAAGCUGGGCAAGACUUGCCCAGGGUGGUUCCAGAACGAUCAGAGAAACAGGAAGACACAGCAGGAGAAGACCCCGUCUUGCAAGAAACCACCCAGCAUUCAGAGGUGGCACUGGCUGAGCUGAGAGGAGAAGAAGCCGUCACCCUCUCGGCAGAGGACAUCCCUUCCCCAAUGGCCGCCAAUGACUACCCGCUAGUGGCACGGCUGAUUUCUGGGGAGGCUGAUGCUUGGGGGGCGGUGGGGGGCGAGGAAGCCGCCACAAUGGAAAUCAAAGGGAGGGCAAGCUCAGGGCUGGUGGACGGACCGGCCGUCACCAAGGUCCUGAAUCUAUCCAAAGCAGAAGACCGCUGGGAGGUCAUAACUCCGAGCAUGAAUGGUCACUUUGAUGAUGCCGUGGCAGACCGAUCCCCAGUCCCAGAAGCCGUCAGCUUGGUAGGGAGUAGCUCUGGCCCCCAGCAAGGCAAAGGCACCACUGGAACUCCCAGCCACAGUACAGCCCGUGAUUUGAUCCCUCCUGGGUUCCUCCCGAAAGGAUCAGAAGACGGCGAGGACUUGGCAUCUCGGGGGACGCCUGAGUCUCCCUCGCCUCCCUGGAGCACAUCAGAACCUGCACACCACAAUUUCGACACCUCUGAGCUGCCUGUUUAUCCCAGCGAUGGCAUCAUAACUGGGAAAGAGAGCGAGAGCUACCUCCCCACUGCCCCGGGGCAGAUCCUUCCGAUGGAGUCUGACGGGGGAAGUGGAGAGGAGAAAGGAGGCGACGUGUCUGCAGCCAAGGAGGUGGAGGGCCUGGCGUGGAUUGGGGAGGUCAAUGCCACCGUGCUUGCUGAAACUGACCCCUGCGACAACGACCCCUGUUUGCACGGGGGCACCUGCCAGUCCAGCGGAAACCUCUCCACCUGCAGCUGCCCCCGGGGGUUCACGGGAGAGAACUGCGAAAUAGAUAUUGACGACUGCUUGUCCAGCCCCUGCCAGAACGGAGGAACCUGCAUUGAUGAGAUCAAUUCCUUCGUCUGCCUUUGCCUGCCCAGCUACGGAGGUAGCCUCUGCGACCGAGACACGGAGGGCUGCGACCACAACUGGAACAAGUUCCAGGGCCACUGCUACCGCUACUUUGCCCACCGACGCUCCUGGGAGGACGCAGAGAGGGAUUGCCGCCACCGGUCGGGUCACCUGACCAGCAUCCAUUCAUGGGAGGAGCACAACUUCAUCAAUAGCUUUGGACAGGAGAACACAUGGAUUGGCUUGAACGACCGCAUUGUGGAGCAGGAUUUCCAGUGGACAGACAACACCGGACUGCAAUACGAGAACUGGCGCCAGAACCAGCCGGACAACUUUUUCGCUGGCGGUGAGGACUGCGUGGUGCUGGUGUCCCACGAGACCGGAAAAUGGAAUGACGUCCCUUGCAAUUACAACCUGCCCUACGUCUGCAAAAAGGAUACAGUGCUGUGUGGUCCUCCCCCCACGGUGGAGAACGCCUUCCCCAUCGGCAAGAAGCGAGAGAAGUACAGCGUCCACGCCACGGUCCGCUACCAGUGCCAGGAAGGCUUCCUGCAGAGGCACGUGCCCACCAUCAAAUGCCACGUCAACGGGACGUGGGACAGGCCCAGAAUCGUUUGCACAAAACCCAGACGGUCCCACCGAAUCCGCCGCCACCACCGCCGCCACCACAAGCACCACCAGCACAAAUCCCGCAAGGACCGCAGGAAACACUCCAAGCAGCACCCAAAGCUGGACUGGACGGAGGAAGACGGGAACUACUUUUAAUGACGGGCCUGGGAAAGAAAGCACAAGCUCCCAAUUCCGCUUCCCGCCCCAUCCCCCCCUUGACCUUCCUCCCCCUCCCCCACGGAUGCAAUGGGUUUCCAAGUGUGUGUGAGCGAGAAAAAGAUGGGAAUCGUUGAUGCCCCCACGUCUUCCCUCCCCUGUGGAUAAAUCUCUUCUGUCGGCAUGUGCAAGUUUACAAUGCCAGAAGAUGAUUUGCACCUUUUCUAAGGAUCUGCAGGGGUUGCAGAAAACAGGUUUUCUUGAGUUCAGGCUACCUGAGGCAGCUCCGCUGUGCAAACCUUUAUUCUGUUGAAGGCAGUCUGUCAGCAUCUUUCCCUCUUUCUCCCUCUUCCUCUCUCAUCCACAGGUCUUUUUUACAUACACUUCUCUCUCUCUCUUUUCCUGACAUCUGCUUCUCUCAAGCUCACUUUCUCUUUCUGAAAGCUUCUCCUCCCUCUCCACUUGGCUUCGGAGGAGGAGGAGAGGCCCUUUAUUACCCCAGCUAAUCACCUGCAGGGAACUAUCCCUUCCCUCCUUCGCUACUUGCCCCUCCGCAGCAGCAGGGGGAUCAGAACCACCAGCCUGCCUUACAGGGCCGUCGUCAGGGUUGCAGAGGAGGUGCUGCAAACAUGCCUACCAAAGUGCUCUAUCAAAGUUCAUUUUGAUAGCCAGCACAGGAAGAGGGGUUGGUCAGGAUGGAGCCCAGAUUUACCCAAUCCCCCCCCCCAGGUUUUGUUGUUUGUUUGUUUGUUUGUUUGUUUACAGACUCUUUCCUGUUUCGACCUUUGGGUGUGACCCUCUUUUCCCCACCGGAAAAUGAUUUCCACAAAUGUCACAAUUGUGAGGAGUGUGUGUGUGUGUGUGUGUGUAUUUCGGGGGGGGCAGGCGGGUAACCACAUGGAAAGUGCUUUGUGCAACUCUUAACCCUGCCUGGGCUCCAUUAGCACAGAACACCCUGAGCGCUUCUCUGCUCUUUGACAUCGUAGCUCAUGGCCCUCCGUCUCAUUCCAUGCGGCCCUCGCUCAGUGCAGCCUGCAGAGAUGGCAUGGAGGGUGGGCAGGUGAGAGAGAGCAUGAUGCAACUGUGCUGUGUCACCCAGCCCACCCAUUUGGGGGGCCUGAAACCGACCCACACACUCCAAGGUGCUGCUGUGCUCCACCUCCAUACCCUCCAACAUUUCUCCAAUGAAAUGAGGGACGUCCUAUUCUAUAUAAUAAUUUUAUUUUUUCCACCCUGCCCAUCUGACUGGGUUGCUCCAGCCACUCUGGGUGGCUUCCAACAGAUAUAAAAACAUAAUAAAAAUGAAACAUGAACAAACUUCCCUAUCCAGGGCUGCCUUCAGAUGUCUUCUAAAGGUUGCAUAGUUACUUAUUUUAUUGGCUUGGGAAUCGCAUAACUCCAGACCCCCCAACAUUUCUCCAGUGAAAAUAGGGACGUCCUAAGGAAAAGCAGGACAUUCUGGGAUCAAAUCAGAAACCAGGACGGCUUCUGUAAAUCCGGGACUGUCCCUGGAAAAUAGGAGCACUUGGAGGGUCUGCAACUGUCCAGCGAGUCCGAUUCCCAGGGAUGGCAGGAGGCGACCCAAACAGCUCUCUUCCACCACAUGUGAAGUGAGUGCCCAUGUCUGCAACAGAAAACAGCCUUCCAUGCAAAAAUUUAGAAAGGGGGUGGGUGGUGAAAUGUGUUUGUGUGAGUGUGCACACACACAAGAGAGUGUUGGGCGUGUGGCAGAUGUAUCCCUGAUCUCUGCUGUUUCCUUGUUAACUGCAGUGUCCGGUAUUCCUCUGUGUGUUUCCCCUUCUAUGCCCCCUCCGCCUGUGGCAUUCUCUCCCCCGCCCCCUGUGUGCAAAAAAGGGGGGGAGAGGUGUGGGGAGGAAUCCUUUGGCGGUAUCUGUACUGCUGGACAUUUUAAUAAAUUUUUUUAACAGUU